AUGCCUCGGGUGAAGCCACAACAAAAAACUGCGGAGCGUAUAUUCCAUCCACUUUCGCGCAAAGCUGGUCAACUCGAGCGAGAGACUUUACGCAAGGCAAAACUUGCGGCCCAAGUGGCGAAGCGCGGCAAAAAGAAAACGAUUCAGGCGGACAGAUAUGCCUUUUUCCUUCAUGCACUUCCUCCGGACAUCGAAUCACUGAGCCUAGCCGACCUUCACGAGCUUAUUCGAGACGUAUGGCUCACAAGACACGACCUUGCUCUCGAGGAGGAACAAGCGAGUCGACGCAAGGGACGUCCCAAGAGCACCAAAGAGGACAAGCUCGAGGAAGCUAAGAGAAGAGAUGCAGAAGAAUAUGCAACUGGACUCGAGCUACCUGAUCUAACGGAUGCACGCACGGUUCGUCUUUUUCGACAAUGGGACGGCAGCGACGUGAACUACCUGUCAAUUCUACGACUUAUACGCGUCAGCGGCACGCACCCGGAUGUCAUUCACGUUGCUCGGGUCGGUCGCGACAAACCCGCUGGCACGUCGGAUCGACAGCCAAGUGGGGACGGAGAGAUGGAGGUCGAUAAAGAGGAGGCACUGCGGGUCUCACGACCCGGAAGCACGAUGCUCUCCAUGGACGAGAUUCCAGUGUGA